AUGGAUCGCAUGAAUCGUGAUGAUUUGAAUGAUGAUGAUUUGAAUGAUGAUGAUUUGAAUGAUGAUGAUUUGAAUGAUGAUGAUUUGAAUGAUGAUGAUUUGAAUGAUGAUGAUUUGAAUGAUGAUGAUUUGAAUGAUGAUGAUUUGAAUGAUGAUGAUUUGAAUGAUGAUGAUUUGAAUGAUGAUGGUUUGAAUGAUGAUGUGGACAGUGUUUACGGUCAAACCAGUCCCACACCCACUAGUCCUUCACCUUCUGGCUCAACUCCAUCUCCCAGUUCUUCACCUCGACCAGGUGAACCAUCAGGUCAGAGUCCAGAAGCGCAAGUCCAAAAGAUUGACCAAUGUGUCGAAGGCGUUCUAGGUCCAAACGCUCAGACUUCAGAUCUGACUCACGAAGCACUAUACGAAAAGGUCACCCAUUGCAUCCAAAACGUUCUGGUCCCAGACUCGCAGAUAUAUACUCCUUUUGUGGACUCAUUAGAUAACAGGAUCAACUGGAUGGAUGGAUAUAUGCAGGUGUCUACUGCUUCUAGAUUAUCACUUAUUUGA